AUGCAACAGCAAGAAUCGUUGACUGUCAAAGGAACACAUGACGAAGAGGAGCUUUUCACAGAUGUCGUAUGCUUCGGCUCUCGUGAAGUUGCCCGUCUUCUGACGUUAGGCAUCGAUGUCGGUGUGGCCGAUCUAUCCAUCACUACCAGAUGUGAACUCGCUGCAUUGCUCGAUCCACCCGAUGCCAUGGGAAGGGACUGGUCGAUACUUGCAGUCAAGUUGCACUUGACGGAUCAAGUACCGGAGGUCGACUCCACUGGACAGUCUCUUUCGCGGACGGAUCAGCUCUUAGCUGAAUGGGCUAUUCAGCAACCGGAGCACGCCACCGUUGGACGGCUAUGUGAGAUUCUGGCCGAGUUGGGUAGAUCGGAUGCACGUGACACACUCUAUCGUACGGUACCAUUAUACCUGUUCGCACCGCUCGACGACACUGGCGUACAUCCUACGGAUUGCGGUGAUUCCGGUGAACAUCACAAAAAUCCUCCUUCAUUCCCACCAGAAGCGAUGAUGGCGAUGCAACAGCAAGAAUCGUUGACUGUUAAAGGAACACAUGACGAAGAGGAGCUAUUCACAGGUACCCUCUGGGAGAAUACUUAA